GACAGACACAUUACGGCGCACUGUUACCGGAGUGUACGGCAACGCAGCAGGUAGGCGCAACUGACACAACCGCCGUGGGUAACACCAUGCGUCGUGACUCGGAGAAACCGAGGAGGCCUUGGUGACUUCUCGGCAGAGAAAAGAGCGAGCGAACGAAAAUAAAGAAACGCGAGAGGAAAAGGGGGAAAGACAGAGAGGAAGGAGGGCGCAAGAGAAAGGAGGGCGCAAUUCAGCGACUCUCCGUAGGAAGAUGCACGACGCAGAAAUCAGCGUCGGCACUCGACAGCGGCUGCCGCUGCUCUGAAUGCCGGCAGUCAGCAGUGCUAGCUAGCCCCGGGGAGCGAGUGGGUUUCCUCGGCGGUGUACUUGCCGUGGCCUAUUGUGGCGGACGCUGUUGAGAGACGUGUUGUCGGGAGGUCAUGCGGAAGAACGGCGUAGUUGGAGUCGGAAGCGGCCGUAGCACGGGUCGACCGGAAGCAGUGGUCAGCGCAGCUCCCGAGGGAACGUGCACGUGCGUCCGUCGCUGGUCCGCAUCUAAGAAUCGCCGGUUGCUGCGUUGUUCGUCUCCAGUGGCGGUGUCGUGAUGGCUCGCGCGCGACGACGUCACAGUGCUAGAAGUGCCGCCAACGUAGACGACGAGGACUUGCAGAGAAUUGAAAUUAUGACUUCUCGAUGGCUACCGCGAUGGCUCGGCAAGCUGCAAACUUACGCCAUUCUCGCCGGCUGCCUGGCACUUCUCAUCAUCUUCAGGUCAUUCCGCACAGAGGCCCAGGAGGGCGACAGAGAGAUCUCUGACGGUGACCUGUUCAUCGCGCCUCAACAUUUUAACGACCACGCUGAAAACGAGGUAGUCGUGCACGAAGAACUCGAUGCGCUCCCGGAGGAAAGAGUCAGCAGUGAAAACCCUUACGUUCACCGGUACGUCAUCGACGCGUCGCACGUAUGUCGAGGCUUCGAAGACGCGCCGAGGCGCUUAAUAUUCGUGACGAGCGCCCCGAGCCACCGGGAAGCGAGGAAUGCCAUACGCGACACUUGGGGACUCCACUCAUACGUGGCGCAUCGAAACAGCAAGGUACUGUUCCUGCUGGGACGCUCUGCGUACGACAUGGAAAUCAAGGCCGAGUCUCAGGUCAAUGGGGACAUCAUACAGGGCGAUUUCACGGACAGCUACGACAACCUGACACUCAAGAGUGUCAUGAUGCUCCACUGGACGCGCUCCUUCUGCCCGAACGUCGAGCACGUGAUGAAGACGGACGACGACGUGUACGUGAACCUCGACAACCUGGUUCAUCACCUAGAGCACGAGAUGACCGACCAGAGGCGCUGGAUCCAGGGAUGCAUCAAGAGGCACGCCGCCACGCCGCUCCGGUCUGCCGGUGCCGGCCAGCCUCUGAGCUCGGUGGACGUGGGGACGCUACCCAAAGCGCACCCGGACUUUGUAGCGGGAGCGGGGUACGUCAUAUCCGGUGACCUGGUAGAGGACCUGCUGGUGGUCUCGGCGAGGGUUAAGUGGGUGCCCGUAGAAGACGUGUUCGUGACGGGACGGUGCGCUGCCUUGGCGGGUGUCAAGCCAGAGACUGACGAUAGGUUCAGCUGCGGCCGUCCGGUGAAGGAGCCUUGCGAAAUGGCUAACGCGUUCACGGGACACGGAAUGACGCCAGAGCUGAUGAGAAGGACAUGGGAUGCAAUGCUCAGUGGCUGUUCGUGACACUAAUAGCUGUUGCAAAACGUUUUAUAGCCUGACUUUUUUCCCCGGACUGUGCAUUUAAAACAGUAAGAUGCAGAUGCUCACGAGACUGCGGUGUACGUGAUGCCUGAUUUACCCGUACGCAAGGUGGGGAAUUCGUCAAAAGACGGAUAACUUCUACCGAAGGAGCCGCCGAAAUGGCAACGUUAGACAGUGAUGGUGCAUGCAUUACUAUUUGAAGUGUGACGUGGGUUCUCAUGGUGAGUACUGUGAACACUGUUCCCGUCAUCAUCCGAUGACAGAGCUUUGGAAUAUUAUGCUGCCUCAUUUCUUGUUGUAGACCAAUGUCAGGCAACAAAGUUUGUCGCUCUGUGAUCAAAUUAUUUCCUACACCGAGCACCUUCAUGAAGCUCUCACUUGCCGUAAUUUCUGGUAAACUCGAGCGAGCCAUGGGUGGUGAAUAAAUCGUUCGUGUGUUGA